AUGAAGAUAGCUACUAAUGUUAAAGAACAAAGUUACGCAGUAAGUUAUGAUAAAAGCAGUGGACCGGCUUUUGGUCGUGGAUGGGAUUUGAAGAUCACAAAUAAUAAAAUCAUUAGAAAUAGUACUUGCAAAACAUAUCCCAACAUGAGCUGGGCUUUAUAUCAUAAAGACAAUAUUUUAGAUGAUUAUGAAGUGUUUCAGUAUCAACAUACUUAUCUUUUUACAUAA